UACUCCCUAGGAUGGAGCGACUGCGCUCCAGCGAGCAGUUAGCGCAUAAUCAUGCGUUUGGCCGGUCCGUGUGUGGGAUGCUGUACAAGUCCGCUGCGUAAAAGUGGACAGGUGUAGGCGCGCCGCGUUGAGUUGGGGAAUUAAAAAGUAAAAAAAACACACUGUCAUAUUAUCUGAUUUGUGUGCUGGCACCAGCCACUGCUGUAUCUGCAGUCGUGGAGGGUUUCCCGCCCCCUCCCGCUGUAAUAUUUAUGACAAAACGGAGGCAAAUUAUUCUGGUCACGUUUUUGGCUGACAGCCGGCUGUCCUGGAGAGCGCUGGAGUGAAUCUGGGUCCAGUGUUGGUGAUAGCGCAGCGCACCGACACCUGCAGUAGGAUGUAAAGGGAAUUCCCACUCACCAAACUGAAUCAAGCAGAGAUUUGGCCGUCAUCCUCGUUGUUUGAGCCGGAGGAAAAGAAAAGACAAGAGCAUGGUCUGGUGUGGAGGCCACUGUUGCUAUGUGUGAAGGAGUGCUGUGGCGUCAAUGGAGACCGAAGGCUAUCGUGACCUCCUGGAGACCAGCGAUGGUCAGGGGGUAGGCCUACUGGAUGGAGGGGGCGAUGUGGGGGUGGAGGAGGGCUGGAGCACACCCUAUCCCCUGGGUUUCCAGGUGUCUUUGACCACUGUGCUAAUACUGGAGCUGGUGUUGGGCUUCAGCAGCAACCUGACUGUGCUUGUGCUCUACUGCGCUCAGUCAAACCUGGUGGAUUCAGUCAGCAACCUGGUCACAGUCAACCUCCACGUGCUGGACAUACUGGUCUGUGUGCUGUGUCUGCCACUGACUGUGGCCGUGAUCCUGUUACCAGCGAAUGGAAGUGGAGUCGGCAGCCUGGCCACACUGUGCUGCUUUCAUGAGGCCUGUGUCACAUUCACGAGUGUGGCCACAGCGGUUAAUGUACUAGUGAUCAGUUUGGACCGAUAUGACAUCUCAGUGCGUCCAGCCAGUCGCCUGCUGACUCCGAAGCGUGCAGCGCUACUCCUGGCAGCUGUGUGGGCCGUGUCACUGGCUGUCUUCUUCCUGCCCUUCCUUGAAGGGGACUUUUUCUCUUCGAGGGCUGAGGACAGUGAUGAUGAGGAGCUGGGAGUGCAGAACCAUGACUCUGAGCUCACCACAGGAGUGACGACCAUUAUUUCCUCCAUCUCUCCUUCCUCUUUACCCACAACUCAUCCUUCCUCCCCUUCACACCACCUGUCUCCAGUAUGGCAGAACAGGACACUGCUGUGUGUAGGAGGGCAGGGGUAUUACACAGGCCUGGCUAUGUAUUACCACUUGUUGCUCCAAGUGCCAUGCUUCUUCAUCGCUGUGGUCGUCAUGUUGUUCACCUACUCCAAGAUCCUGCAAGCCCUCAACAUUCGCAUCGGCUCCCACAUGAUGAGGGGUACCCGUACAAAGGACAACACCUGCAGGAUACGCUGCAGGAGGCAGAAGAGGAAGGACCUGAGCCUGCCCACAGAGGUAGUGUCCUCCAACCAGAACCAGAACCUCACCCACCCUCCUCUUAUCCCCUCUUCCACCCCGACACCAACAUCACCCCCACCACUCUCCUCCAUGCCCCAAGGGAUAUCCGACAGUGGAGCAACAGUCACUACUGUCAGCACUGCUGCCACCACCCCCAUCGCCACCACACCAGCCACGCCUGCUUCCCCGACCCCACCUUCAGCUUCAACCCAAACCCACGCCACCUCACCAUUGCCUGCCUCCUCCAUGGGUGUACAGGCCUCUGUUUCUGCCAUCAUCGCCUUGAGGCGAGCAGUGCGCAGACACAGGGACCGCCGAGAGCGCCAACGUCGUGUCCUAAAGAUGUCCCUAAUUAUAAUAUCCACCUUCCUGGGAUGCUGGGCCCCUCUGUCUGCAGUCAAUGUUCUGAUCCUGUGUCUGGGUCCCAGUGACGGCCUGGUGCGACUACGCCUCUGCUUCUUGGCAAUGGCUUAUGGAACCACAAUUUUUCAUCCUCUGCUCUAUGCUUUCACAAGGCAGAAGCUGCGCCGUGCCCUCAAAACACGUGUCAAGAAAAGGGUAGUGUCCCUUCUGCAAGUGGACCCAGCUCCCAGCGGGGGAACAGUUAUUCAUAACUCCUGGGUGGAGGGGGGAGGCCAGAGGAAAGCUCGCAAGCCACGGGUGGAGGCCAGCGAUGGCACUGAUCGAUGCCUCACAGAGGCAGUGAGGGAAUGAGGCUGGACUUCUGGAGCGUGGUUGCAUGUGUGUGCGGGCGUGUGUGUGUGAAUUUUAAGUAUUGUAUGUAUCUUACCAAUUUGCUAGAGAUGGAUCGUGUUUAUAUUUGUGCAUGGGCGUGAGAAAAACAGAACCAGUUAGUUUACAAAGGUCAAGACAAAUCACAUGACCUCUGGAUCCAUGCAGAUGUGGAGACAGGUGAGUCCUGUGCUCUAAUUAGAGCCUGCUUUCCCCCUGUCCCUACACAGGCCCUCAUUAGCCCACUUCCUGACUGACAAGGUGGUCACUGGGUCUCCAUGGCAACACUGGCCAAGCAUUUUGACACCCCUAGCCAUGCCUACUGAAAAUACUAGUGUGCACUCCGCGUGUCAGGUAAGGGUUAGAUAACACUGUACAUCAUUGCUCCUGCGUGCACUUUCAACUUGCAUGUGCAUGUACAUAUGCACAGAUAGACACGCGCGUGCACAUACACACACACACACACACACAACGCACAGUGAUCCAUAAUUUGUCAUUAUCUGUGAAAGCACACCAAUAAUCUACCUGCACAGAUAUUCUCAGAGAGAAAAAAUAUUAAUGGAAGUCUAUGUUUUCUCUUUCUUUCCCUUAUUUUUUCAUGCCUUAAUUGAGUUAUUAAUAUAUUCUCAUGGUGCUGAAUGUCCUGCUGUAUGUUUACAACGAUGUAUCAGAGUGACAGUAUUUGCACAUACUGUAUAUGGUAUAGCAAAGUAAUGGCAGGUAAAAGCAAGCAUUCAGAUUCAAAGUUUACAGGCUGAUACUAUGAAACUACCCGGAACCUGCAAAAAAACAAAAAAACAAAACAGAUUCAGACUUAAUUUCAGCAAAUUUAGGUAAGCGUCAUAUUUUAGUACAACGUGUGCAAGUUUAACCAAAAAAAAACAAAAGGCAUGACUUUAUUUUUUAUUAAUUUUUUUAAACAAAAGUCACGGUGACAUAGGCGAGGAUGUGUGAAUGGGUUUGUAUGCUCGCAUGUGUGCAUGUAUUGCGUAAAUGAAUAAAUGAGCGUUUGUUUCCAUGAUUAUGUGCAAUAAAUCAUGAGCAAAGCAAUGACCCCUAGGAUGUGAACAAAGAGAAUGUGAACACAGAAUUGUUGUUUUUCUACUUAUGGUUUCAAUUAUUCGAGGGAAGAGAGAAGAAAGGGGACUAAAUAUUCAGAUUAACAGCAUUAGGCCACUGGGCAUAAUAUAAAAAGCAAAUUACAUGGAGCAAUUGUACACAAGCCGCUGUAAUUACUACUGACUGAAACUGUAUCAUUUAAGUUUUAAAGUGGAUUUCAAAGGGCAACAUUUUGUGAAAACUGUCUUUGUAGUGACUGCAGGUUAAAUUACCAUCUUUGACCAGAGAAAUCCCAUUUUCUGACGUGGGACAUCUCCUCAUUUUAGCUGCUCUGGAGGGCAGAGUCACUGCUUUUGGACAGCACUUUGAAUAACUGCAGAGGCAGACAGGCCUCUGGCAGCUUCUGGACUGAGUCCUGGACAUGCUACACUAUAUCUGUGUCUCUCUUUCUCCUCAGGGCUUCAUGUCUCAUUUCCAAACGUUCUGGACUCAAAGCAACAAACCAGCCCUUAAUCAUCUGUUGUAUUUUGGGUGUUACAGUAGGUAAAGAUUUAUGUCAGUAGGUAGAUAGAGUAAACUUUAAACUUUGUAGGGGCUCAAGUCUCGGAGAGAUUUUUUUGGGCUUUUGGGCUAUCUUCUUCUUCAUCCUCACCCCUUUUACACAAUUUGUGAACCAGACAGGAGACAAUAAUUCUUGUGUAUUCAUGUACAUUUUUCAGGGAUGUAAAUAUUGAAGUGUCUGUUUUUGGGUUUUAGUCAAAAGAUAAUAAUAUUUUAUUUUAGUCACAAUCAUCUGCCGGACAGAAAAAGAAAAAAAUCAGCCAUUGUGAUAAACUCUGAGCAAGUUGCAACGUUACUGUAAAAAGAAAUAAGUGUAUUUGUGUUAAAACUGUUUGUGCGUACACUGUACUGUACAUUAAUGACCAUGUGUAUAGAGAAAUAUUAGUAUUGUAUAAGAUUUAUAUUAUGUGUUAUUAUAUAGAAGAGAAGAUAAACUGUAUUAAAAAGGUGAUCUAUCUAAGAAUUGUUCCAUCUCAGUUCACCGUCAGUUCAUAGACAUUUCAUGUUCAAUGUAUCGGUUGUUGUCGAUUUUCAAAUAUUGAUUUGAAUUUAAAUGUAAGGGACAAUCUAUUUUACAUGUGUCUGUGUAGAUGCAUUUUAUCUGCUGUACUAUUGGAAAGAAGAGAAUUUUUGUAAACAGGCGUCUUCUGCUUUCAUGACCUUUCAAAUACUUCACAGAAUGGAAAUGAAAAGGAGAAUAAAGAGAGCAUAAUGCGGAAUUAUAUAUUAAAUUAUGUAGAAUUAGAGGAGAUGACACAUUGUUUUUGCUUGUAUGACUCACAGACAGAUGAACAAUUCAUGAACAUGCUCCCCACUUCAUAAACAUUU